AAAUUUUGUAUUAACUAAACCACCUCAUUGUCUAAUUCGUUUGACAGUUUUAGAAAUGUGAAGUGACAUUGACAAUGGCGUACGAAACGGCAAGUAAUCUUCAACAUUAAACUUCUCGCAUGACUAUCUCUCUGUAGCCUACACAAUCAGCGGACUUCUUGGGAGACGACGACCCAGACGAACGGCAAACAUGGGGAAACAGCAUAGAAUUCCUCAUGUCCUGCAUCGCCAUGAAUGUAGGAUUGGGAAAUAUCUGGAGAUUUCCUUUUGUGGCCUACGAAAAUGGAGGAGGAGCUUUUUUAAUUCCUUACAUUCUAGUAUUGAUUCUGCUAGGAAGGCCGAUGUUUUUCUUGGAGAUGUCUUUGGGACAGUUUUGUAGCUGGGGCAACGUCAAAAUGUUUGAAAAACUGGCACCAUUUCUCCGAGGUAUAGGAUAUGGACAACUAUUAGCCACAAGCUGCGUGGCUACCUACUACUGCGUUUUGAUCGCCCUCAGUUUGUUUUAUUUGGUACAAUCCUUCAGGCGGGAUUUACCGUGGGCAGUUUGUCACGAUGAAUGGGAAAGUUCUGAGUUUUCAAUAUAUAAAUGCGUACCUUCCUCUAGCGAUGUUAACACUGAGGCAAAUAAUACGAUGAGCUCAGCAGAAUUGUAUUUUAGGAUUGAUGUUUUGAAGCAGAGAACUGAUAUCGAUUCUGGCAUCGGAUAUCCAGAUUGGCAGUUGACCUUAUGUCUUGCUGUCUCUUGGUUAAUGACCUUUGCAUUGUGUGCUAGAGGCAUAAGAAGUUCCGGAAAGGCAUCCUACUUUCUGGCGAUCUUCCCUUAUUUCAUUCUGAUUGGUCUAUUAGUUAGAGCUGUAACUCUUGAAGGAGCAAGCAAAGGCAUAUUGUACUUCAUCACACCACAAUGGGAAUCCUUAUUGAAGGCUAAUGUAUGGUACGCUGCAGUGACUCAAUGUUACUUCUCAUUAAACAUAGGUUUCGGUUCCGUGACUAUGUACGCUUCGUACAACAAAUUCAGACACAACAUACACAGAGACGCUAUGGUAGUAGCUACUUUAGAUACGUUUACGUCAUUAUUGUCGGGCAUGAUCAUUUUCGGAAUAUUGGGAAACUUAGCUCACAAGAUGAAUCUGCCCAUCUCUAACGUUGUCAAAUCCGGAGGUACUGGACUUGCUUUCAUAUCGUAUCCGGAAGCUAUAGCCCGAUUUGAAACAGUACCUUGGCUAUUUUCUAUAUUAUUUUUCCUUAUGCUGGUGAUUUUGGGCGUAGGAAGUCUAAUUGCCCUACAAGGAUGUGUCUUUACUGUCAUUACUGACGAAUAUCGGUCUGUUAAAAUUUGGCAUGCAACACUUUUAACGACCACACUAGGAUUUCUCAUCGGAUUGUCCUAUGUUACUCCAGGAGGUCAAUAUAUAUUCGCCAUGAUUGACUUUUUUGGAGGAACAUUCAUAUUCUUUGUCCUUAACAUAUGUGAAGUUUUUGGGGUUAUAUAUUGGUAUGGGUUGCGUAAUAUUUGCUGGGAUAUUGAGUACAUGUGUAAAAUGAGACCAGGAGUAUACUUUAGAAUAUGUUGGAUAUUUUUUAUACCAGUGGUUAUGAUGUUGGUGCUUCUUUAUUUCCUGGUAACUCUAGAAGAAUUGAAAUAUGAGGGUAGAAGUUAUCCGACAUACAUAAUAGUUUGGGGCUGGUUGAUCGCUGCAAUAGGCAUUUUACAACCAAUAAUUUGGAUUUCUGUAGAUGUCAUUAGAGGUUUAAUAAAGGGGAAAACCUCCAAAGACAUUAAAACUGACUUAUUCGACAAUGCUUAUUGGGGUCCCAAGGACGCCAACCGAUUUUUAAGAUGGAAGAACUAUAAGUCAAGAGUGGAAGAGGAUUAUGAAAUGAAAAAACGAAAUUGUUUUAUUGAUACACUGAAAUUAAUCUUUAACAGAAGAUAAUACGCACAUAUAUAUACACAUUUUCUAUCAAAUAAUUUAUGUAUAUUAAAUAUAUUUACAUUGAUUAUUAUUCAAGAGUUUUAGAAAUGUUUAGAUUCAGGGACAAAAAAAUAAAAAAAUUCCUUUAUA